AUGACGUCGCAAAAACUCAAUGUGCUCGUUUACACAGGAACGGGAUCUACCGUCGAAUCAGUUAAGCACGCAAUAUAUUCUCUUCGUCGUCUUCUCUCCCCGAACUAUGCAGUCAUCCCUAUUACUGAAACCGUUCUCUUAAAAGAGCCCUGGGCCCCUUCCUGCGCAUUGCUUGUUUUCCCCGGCGGUGCUGAUCUUGGUUACUGCCGUGUUCUCAAUGGGGAAGGCAAUUCAAUAAUAUCUCAGUAUGUGCGUCGUGGCGGCGCAUACUUGGGUUUCUGCGCCGGUGGCUAUUAUGGAUCAAAGAGGUGCGAGUUCGAAGUUGGUAAUAAGGCCAUGGAAGUGGUUGGGUCGAGGGAACUGGCUUUCUUUCCCGGCACAUGCAGGGGUGGCGCAUUCAAAGACUUUCAAUAUCACAGCGAGAAAGGCGCCCGAGCAGUCCGAGUAAACGUCGUGAAGGAUGCAUUCAGGGGGGCCGGCUUAGUCCCAGAAGUAUUCACGUCAUAUUACAAUGGCGGCGGCGUCUUCAUCAUCCCACCGGGUGGGGAUAGUGGUGCUGAAAUAUUAGCGAGCUAUGCAGACGAGCUCGAUGUGGAUGGUGGCCGUGAGAAGGCAGCCCUGGUGUACUGUAAAGUAGGACAAGGGGCUGCUAUUCUUACAGGACCUCAUCCUGAAUUUGCUGCCGUAAAUCUCAGCCCGCAAAAUGAUGUCGAGGGGUAUGACGAUCUCAUCGCUGCCCUCAAAGCCGAUGACGAUGCACGGACAGGCUUCUUAAAGGCAUGCUUGAGCAAGCUUGGACUGGAAGUCAGCCAGGAAACAUCAGGUGUGCCAUCCCUCUCUCGACUUCAUCUGUCAUCUAUCUCUAGCGGCGACGUCGACGACUUAUUACACGGUUGGGAAGACAUAAUAAGCAAAGAAGAUGGCGAGGAGUACAUUAGAGCGGAGAACGACACAUUUCACUUACUGAAGUCCGAAACUAUGUGGUCCGUCAAUGGUUUGAAAGAAGCACUAACUUCCGACGACAGUUCGGAUCAGAAGUCUUCUGACCUGAGUAGCCAGGGCAUGGUCGACUACAGCACGAUUGUGAAACAUAUAGUAACGCAUGAGACAGCCUGGCCGGAAGCCAAGGCGACUCCGUACUUCAAUCACAAUGCAUUCUAUUCUAGCUUGCAAGACUAUCGAAAGUCAGAACCCGAAGCCGAAGAAUGGGGAGAUUUCCUAAUGUAUGGAGAAGUCGUCACGAGCACCAACACGCUACUCGAGAAAAACUUCAAACUCCUUUCUAAACUACCAUCCGGGUUUACGCUCACAGCAACAACUCAAGUCGCCGGGCGAGGGCGUGGGAAUAACGUUUGGGUUUCACCUGCAGGAUCGCUCAUAAUGUCUACCGUCAUCAACCACCCAGCUCAUAUCGCGCCCAGCAGACCCAUCGUCUUCAUCCAGUACUUAGCCGCGAUCGCUAUCGUCGAAGCGGUGAAGAACUACGAUCAGGGCUACGAAGAGGUUCCCGUAAAAUUAAAAUGGCCGAAUGACAUCUACGCGCGGGAUCCCAGACAGCCCUCCUCGUCCCCCCCGUCUUACGUGAAAAUCGGUGGCAUCUUGUCGAACUGCAAUUAUUCGGCGGGAGCUUACCAGAUCGUCCUCGGCAUCGGGAUCAACGCGACGAACGGGCGUCCCACCACCUCCCUCGACGCCCUCCUCCCGCCGCACCUCGCCCCGUUCCGGAUCGAGAAGCUCGUAGCGGGCAUUCUCACCCGCCUGGAGGCUCUGUACAAAACGUUCGUGCGAAGAGGGUUCACGAGAGAUAUGGAAGGCGCGUAUUACGCGCACUGGCUACACGGACGCCAGAUCGUCAAUCUCGAGGCUCAAGGCGGUGUGAGAGCCCGGAUCGUGGGUAUUACUAGCGACUGGGGCAUGCUGAGAGCGGAAGAGCUGGGAAGCGACGAUCGGCCGACGGGGAAGAUAUGGGCGCUGCAGAGCGAUGAAAAUAGUUUUGAUUUCUUUAGGGGAUUGGUGAAGAGGAAAAUCUAA